CUAUCCGCUCUUUAAUUUCUCAGGUGGCUAAAACUCGCCCAUGGCUCGCUUCGAUGCCGGCCGGCCGCUGCUCUUCCUUUUUAUGCCGCUGUUUUUCGCCGCGGUGGAUCCUUCUGUCGACGCUUCCACUCAGGUCUGCGUCAUUGGCGCUGGAAUUGGCGGCGCCUCGUUUGCGUAUUUCCUCAAACAGUACAGCUGUAGCUCAGACAACUCCCCCUGCCUCAGUGAAAUCCAUCUCUUCGAACGCCGAAGUAUCGUCGGUGGGCGGACAGCCGUUGUCACGAUCUCUGGAGAUACCUUUGAGGCUGGCGCCUCCAUCUUACACCCCAAAAACUUCCACGCAGUCCGCUUCGCGUCCCUCCUCGGCCUCCGACCCAAGUUAAAGUCCUCUGAGUUCAAACCCGAUUCCAACGCGUCCGAUUCCUCUGCCUCGUCGUCUUGGUUUGGUAUCUGGGACGGCUCCAGCUUUCUGUUCAAGACCAACCCGCCUCCGCCGGCCUCCAGUUCGGCCAUCUAUCGGAAAAUCUGUUCGUUCAUCAAUGCCAUAAUCAUUUUCCGCCGCUAUGGUUUGUCCCUACUUCGAAUGAACCGCUUUGUGAAUAAGAUGCUCGAGAGUUUCUUGCUGUACUACGAAGGCUUUGAGUCCCGCCCUGUUUUUGAUACUGUGGAUGAGAUGCUUAAGUGGUCUGGAUUGUACGGGAUUACCCGCCGGACCCUCAAGGAAGAGUUACUGGAUGCUGGGGUGUCUUCCCUCCUGUUAUCUGAGCUUGUGACGGUAAUAACAAGAAUAAAUUAUGGUCAGGAUAUUAAUAUUAGUGGACUAGCUGGAGCUGUUUCGCUAGCUGGCUCUGAUGAUGGCAUGUGGUCAGUUGAUGGUGGUAAUUGGCAACUUGCUGCUGGUUUGAUCAACUAUUCUAAUGUCACAUUACAUCUGAAAGAGGAGGUGACCUCCGUUUCGUAUGCUGAAGGCCAUAAUUAUGUGCUUAGCACCAAAGAAGGAAUCCAGUACCACUGUGGAAUCACGGUAAUUGCCACUCCUCUGGACGAACUAAACAUCACCUUUACGCCCCCAUUUUCAAUUCCUAGCAGGAGGCUACAGCAUACAUUUACAACCUUUGUGAGGGGUUUCUUAAACCCAAAAUACUUUGGCUUGAACCAUGUGUCAGAAAUCCCAAACCUCAUUGGUACAGUUGAGGUUCCUGAGGUUCCAUUCUCCAGCAUUUCCAUUCUCAAGAAAUAUGGUAAAGAAGACAUGGUUUACAAGAUAUUCUCUCGCAAAAUAAUGCAAGAUCGUCUUCUUGAUGAAAUCUUUAGCUUGAGGAUCGAAACAGUAAGGAUAGAUUGGCCUGCUUACCCUCACUUUGAAGCUCCAGAAGUUUUUGCACCCAUCAUACUGGAUGGAAAACAUCUGUACUACAUAAACUCGUUCGAGAAUGCGGCAAGCACCAUUGAGACCAGUGCUGUUGCAAGUGAGAAUGUUGCACGGUUGAUCAUCUCUAGGCUGUCAGAUGAACAUCAAAAUAUGGCGAAUAAAAAGUUUCAUGCUGCAGAUGGAGAUUUGUUCCACCUUGAUUUAUGAUAAAAGGGAAAAGACAUUAACGCUUCGUUUGGGACGGCUUUUUUAUUGCUUGAUGAAGCAGCUUUCUAGUAUAAGAAUUUUUAUACUAAAAAACUUCUUCAAGAAGUAAUUAAAAAGCCAAGCCUAAGUCUCUUAGCUUUCAAAAAACGACCUCUAUCUUGUUGAAAGUGCAGAUUUGCCCUUGCAUUUGGGAACUUCCCAGUGGAAAUUUCAUGCUGCAAUCUGCUUUUACUGUACGUUGGUUUACAGAACAAGAAUACAAUGCUUUGUUAUGUAAGAAAUUGUGAUACACAUGAAACUUAUUCAGUUGGGUAAUUUAAUGUUUUGUAUAAUUAUAAUCCUCUGGCCAGGCUUGUCUGUUGGCUGCGGAAGAACAGAGUGGGUUGGAAAAUAAAAGUUACUGCCUAAUAUUUGUGUUGA